AUGGUUAUUAGUAUAUCAUUACAAAACAAUGUUGGUAAAGUAACAAGUGCAAUGUUACCAGAUAGUUUUACACUGGAUGAAUUUACAAAAAUGUUGUCAGAAAAAUUGGGUGAUAUUGAAGGACAUCGCUUUGUUAUGGAUGGUAAACAAUUACGGUUGAAUGAUGAACAAACAUUUAAUCAACAAAAAGAACAAAUAACAAAUGGAAAAGUUAUUUUUGUUCUUGAUCGUCUACCUGGUGGCACAGAUACCGUAGUUCACGAAACGUACAUCUCAAAACUCAUGAACAGUAUAACAAAACCAUUGCUCAUUGAAUUAGAUAAUAUUCCAAAACGGCUGUCUGAAUGCAUAAUGUGUUUAGAUGAUAUACCAUGCAUCAGUUUCUGCUGUGAAGAUGUAUGCAGUAGUUGUUUUUUAACAUAUUUUAAAAAAAAGUAUUUGAAAUUGAAAUGUAUGAAUCCAGACUGUAGGAAAACUUUAUCCUACAUUGAAUUUUUUCGAACGCCUAGUUUUUUAAAUUUACUAGCAGACUUAGUCAGUAAACAACAGUUCAUUCAUAAUAUUGAUGGUCAAAUUUGUCGAUGUGGAGCAAUGAUGAUCAACGAGACGAAUUAUGCUCAACAAAUUUGUCGACACUGUAACAGAAAACUAUGUUUUUUCUGCAAUAAAGACUGGGAUGACAAGCUAAUGCAAAAUACCCUCUACACAUGCAAGAAUAAUUGUGAUUAUGAAAUGAAAAUUACAUAUGAAUUAGUGCCAUUAUCAAAAUUUAAUACAUCUCUAACUCUGCCUAAUCGUCGAUGUUGUCCAAAAUGUUUUAUUGGUGGUGCUUAUGAAUCGGAAGAAGAAUGCAAAAGAAAAUAUAAAACGGAAAAAAUUUUACGUUAUGCUGAACGAUGUACGGAUACUAAAGAUCUUAAUGUUAGGUUCCUCGAUGUUGAUAAAGAACCAAGGUCAAUGAUUCGGAACCGUCAGAUUGAAGGAUACCAGAAUAUUUCACUAAUGACACUCCAACAGGCUAUUCAACCGAUUGAACAUUUAUAUCCUGAUCUAGCAAGUAAAGUUUUUAUUGCAAACGAGAACUUUGAAUCAUGUCAGGAUUCGGAUCGAUUAACUAAAAAUGAAGCGUCCGCAAUUUAUCUGUACGCAUCAGAAUGGGGAACACUCAAAGGUAGCUUUCAUGAUGGCCUGAAUAGCGCAUUACGUAGUGAUGAUCGACACUUGCUAACACCAUGGUACGAAUACUUAAAACUACUACUUACGGCUUUAAACAAACUUCCAUCCUGA